AUACCAGUAGCUUAGCUUGUGGCAUGUCUCCAAGGACUUGGUUCAUUACUGGAGCGUCCUCCGGGUUUGGGAGAGCUUUGACAGCUAUCGUAAUGAAAAAUGGCGAAAGAGCUAUCGCAGCUGAUCGCAACGAGGAGGGCUUAGGGGAACUCUCUAAAAAGUAUUCCAACGAACAGCUCCUCACCAUCCAAUUAGACGUUACCAAUCAAGAGGCUAUUGCCGCUGCAUUCCUCAAGGCGAAAGAACGGUUCGGACAGAUUGAUGUAGUAUACAAUGGCGCCGGUAUUGGUCUCAUGGGUGAGGUUGAAAGUAUCCCAGAUCGUGCUGCUCGAAACCUCUUCGAGAUAAACUUCUGGGGCGCAGUCAAUAUCAGCAGAGAAGCUGUCAAAUUCUUCCGGGAAGUCAAUCCGCCCGGUGCUGGUGGCACACUACUUCAAACUUCAAGCUCGUUAGGACUGGCAGCUUCUCCAGCGGCAUCAUUUUAUUCUGCAGCUAAGUUUGCACUGGAGGGAUUUUGUGAAUCGCUCUCCAUGGAGCUCGAUCCGGAAUGGAAGAUAAGGAUCGUCGUCGUCGAACCCGGAUGGUUUCGCACAGGAAUCAUAACCACAGAAGCAGCGUUUCCCGAGCACCCAGCCUAUAAGAAGUCAUCCUUACCUUCACACCGUGCACGCCAGGCAUUAUCUGUCGACCGUCAUCAAACUGCGAGAGGUGACCCAGAGAAGGCAGCACAGAAGAUGUAUGAAGUAGCUGGUCUGGACAAUCCUCCCCCGCGGUUAGCACUGGGUAAAGAUUGCUUGAAGAGUGUCAGGACUAAGACCGAAGGCUUAACCGCAAACUUGAACGAGUACGAAAGCUGGUCAGAUGAUCUACUAUUUGACGAAGCUAGUAAAGUUGGCCAAUCUAGGCCCAAGAAGCAAGGCUUAUUGUAAGGAUUUUAGGGGAGUAGAGCAGAAAGUGCUAUCCAAAGCGACGAGUGAGAUGUUUGACAAGAACCUAAAUGAAUCAAUAAAAUCAAAAAUGUUUGCACGUACAGUUCCCUUGGACGAACCUGCUAUCUACGUGAUAUGUAUCAUGCAUACCUGAGCAGCGUAUGACAUCAAGCAAUGGCAUAUACUCAGUUGUGGGUUCAUGAUAUUACCAUACAGCAGAUUAAUCCGAAUGUAUGAGCAUGUCGUCGACAGGCAUGUGGUGAGAGUGUGUAGGAAUGAUUAUCACCUGAGGUGACUGGGUCUGUUGACUCCGUUAUCCAAGUCGCCGUUAAGGUUUGCCCGUACGUAUCCUGAUUCUCAGCUUCAGGCGCACUAUCAGCUUCACACAAGGUCCGCACCGCAACUCGUGCAAAAUCAGAAAAAGCCAAGAAUUUGGUAGUCACAGGUGAUAAGGGUUGGCCUUGUCCUCGGGUGCGUUGAAACAUCACCAUCAGAGAAUCGU